AUGGAGAAGAAGAUAGAAGAUCCUAUUUUAUAUGGUUUCAUUCGGAGCAUGCUUGAUGCUAGAGUGUUAAAUCUAGAGUUUGGGGGUUUUCCUAAGGGAAAUGGUCUCCCACAAGAAGGGGUUUUGUCAUUGAAUAUUUACCUUGACCUCUUUGACAUUGAAUUUUGCAGGCUGUCGAUGAAAUAUGAAGGCAUAUGCGAUGGAGGGCUAAAUGAGCGAGAGAGGAAGAGUUCUGGUGUGAAAGUUUACUCUUGUCGCUAUAAGGAUGAGAUUUGUUUUGUAGUUUAUGGUUCAAGGGAUGUUGUUGUUAAUUUGAGCAGAUUAUCUGAGUUGCUCGGCUCCUGCGCCAUUGCCAACGUCCGCUACUCCACCGCUGGCCACUCCAAGCUCGUGAGCGUCCAACCCUUCGUUGCCGGCUACCGUUUCGGCUCCGUCGCCGUCGCGCACAAUGGAAACUUCGUGAACUACCGCUCCAAACUGGAAGACAAUGGGUCCAUCUUCAACACGACCUCCGACACCGAGGUCGUGCUCCACCUGAUUGCCACCUCCAAGCACAGACCUUUCCUACUCAGAGUCGUGGAUGCCUGCGAGAAUCUGAAGGGGGCGUACUCCCUGGUGUUCCUCACGGAGGACAAGCUGGUGGCUGUGAGGAACCUCUUCGGGUUCCGACCUUUGGUGAUGGGAAGGAGAAAGAACGGCGCUAUGGUUUUCGCCUCGGAGACAUGCGCGCUGGAUUUGAUCGAUGCGACGUAUGAGAGAAAGGUGAACCCGGGUGAGGUUGUGGUGGUGGACCACACGGGAAUCCAAUCCCUCUGCCUCGUGACUCAUCAGGAGACAAAGCAAUGCAUCUUCGAGCACAUAUACUUCGCACUUCCCAACUAUGUUGUCUUCAGGAGGUCUGUGUACGAGUCUAGGAGGAAAUUCGGGGAAAUACUGGCCACUGAGAGCCCCGUUGAGUGCGACGUUGUGAUUACGGUUCCCGAUUCUGGGGUGGUGGCUAUGCUUGGCUAUGCUGCAAAAGCUAGGGUUCCCUUUCAGCAGGGGUUGAUAAGGUCGCACUAUGUGGGGAGGACUUAA